CGCAUCCUAGUCUAGUCAUUUUCGUGCCCUUUUCUGACUGACUGACUGGCUGACCCCGGUCCAGGAAAAAGCAUUGACAACUUAUUUAUCGGGGCGGGUGUCUUUUUCUUGUCUUGUCUUUUCUUGGUUGUUCAUUUCCGAAUGAUAAUCUCAUCCACAUUCACUCUCACAUCCACUUCUGUCUGGCUUUGAUCAAGACAAGCUUCUCACCUGUUUAUCAUUUUUUGCUUGGUCUUACACCACACACAUACACACACACACCUUGGCUAUCAUUAUCAUCACGAUUAUCAUUACCCCAACUGCAAAUAUCCUCCAAUCCAAUAAAGCAUAAUACAAAAUGGUAGCCAUCACCGCCCGCGACCGACCCAAAACCGACUACGAGCGAUGGCUGGAACUCCAAGGCAACUCCGGCUCCGACGACCACGCAUCUGGCAGCGAUGAAAAGAAAUACCAUCCUCCAGGGCCUCUACCUGUUCCAGAACAUGGUGGUCAAGAUGCACAUGCAAAAGCAUAUGAUGAUAAUAAGCAUAAAUACACCCCUCAUGGCACAUUUCUCCAUCAUGGGUAUCAUCAUGAACGGCCGGGAGCGUCAGCAGACAACAACAUCAUCGACGCCAACAAUCAUCCACAUCAUGCACUACUACCACAUCACCGCUUGGAUGGGCGCUUUCCUGGCAACUACGGAGGCGUUGCGAUGAAGUUGGCUCUGUUGGUACUGGUGGUAUUGGGGAUACUGCGUGCGGUGCGGUUUGUUCGAGGCCGACAACGACAUCAGCCUAUUCGGUUACAGAGUCCGAGGGCAGUGCAGGGUGGGUUUGGAGGGAGGGAGGAUGGGGGAAAGAGGAACCUGGUUUGAUUAUUUGAGAGGGUAUUUCGUGGAUAUUGGAUGUUGAUAUUAUUCUUGGUUUCUGUUACUGGUGUUGAAGGAGUUGGAGGAUAUUCUGUAGACACCUUGCUUAUUGUACUAUCAUUUAUGUAUGCUUUGAUAUCGUAUCCCUCAUAAUAAGCUCACAAGAAUGCAUGCUACAUGAGGAACAAAAUCCACCUGUCAUUUAAUGCAUACAUGUUAACAGUCAACCACCCAACU